ACAAAAUUAUGUAAGAGCUGUCAAAAGUAAACGUAGGGCAAUCGAUGUAAGUUACGUCUGAUCAAGGUGUGUUAUCUAUAAGAACUUUGUGUGGUUUGUAGGAGUCAGUUGUGUAUGACGUUUGUAUGAAAAGUUGUGUUUCGUGCAGAACACGGCGGAAAAAGUUAUUGUGAUGCACAGUGUGUUGAUUGGUGGUUACGGUUGUCGGCGAUGAAGUGGCAGAGCAAUACAAAAAUCUGUAUUAAAGAAAAACAGGAGAGAGAGUGAAGUGUCCUCAUGGACCAGCAGGCUAUCGUGCAGGCCAAGCUGAGCUCUGGAGAGAAUGCCAUUGCAGUGCAUGAGGCAAGCCUUAUGCAAGGCUGGGUGCGCACUUCACGUGUCCUUGCACUGGCAGAGCAUGACAGCAACCACGCGCUGUUUGUGUUCAUGAGCUCACGUAUGCCUCCUCUGCUGUUUUCUGAUUUGGCAAUAGAAAGAGUGCUUCCUAUUGAUGCAGAUUUCAGAUGUGAGAUUGAUACAGACAGUAAGCAUCAGGAUGGUGUUGAUGUGUAUGUCAACAUAUCAUCACAUAAACUCAAACUUUUGUUUGAGAUGGUUCCUGGCAUCAAAACCAGCAACUUUGUAGGAGAGAUCUUUCGUGCAAUUGAAGUGUUCACAAAGAGACGAGGCCCACCUCCAGAGUUCCAGUGGCUGCACAAAUAUGCAGUAGGUGCAGGAAGUCUGAGUAAUAGUGGUAGUGGAAGCAGCUGGUCAGGAAUGGAUAAUCCUUCAAGAGGAUUGAUGGAGCCAGGCAUUGAUGGGGUUACAGGCCAGGAUGAGUCUCUCACUGAUGCUUUGCUAGAAAGCCCAGAGAUAUCUGUCCCACGCCAAAGUAUUGCAAAGGGUGCUACACCCAUUGCAGCAAGGGAGAGUGUCAUCAAGUACCAAAUGGCCAUGAAGGAGCAGCAUUACACAUACACACAAGUAUUAAGGGUGUUUGUUGGGACAUGGAAUGUGAAUGGGCAACCUCCCACAGUUGGGCUAUCCGAGUGGCUUGCUCAAGAUCCUGAACCUCCAGACAUUUAUGCUAUUGGAUUCCAGGAACUGGACCUCAGCAAGGAGGCAUUCCUCUUCAAUGACACACCCCGUGAGGAGGAGUGGCAGGAGGCAGUAUUAAAUGGUUUGCACAAGAAGGCACGAUACCACAAGGUGGCUCUGGUGAGGCUUGUUGGAAUGAUGUUGCUUGUGUUCGUGCAGGAGCAGCAUGCAGCUUAUGUCAGAGCUGUAGCCACAGAGACUGUUGGCACGGGCAUUAUGGGUAAAAUGGGCAACAAAGGUGGGGUUGGCGUGCGCUUUGACCUCCACAGUACUUCAUUAUGUUUUGUUAACUCACAUCUUGCUGCACAUGUAGAGGAAUAUGAGCGUAGAAAUCAGGACUACCAUGACAUCUGCUCACGGAUGAGUUUCACACGUUUCUUGCCUCCUAAGGGCAUCAAGGAUCAUGAUCAGGUAUACUGGCUGGGAGAUCUGAAUUAUCGCAUAACAGAGCUGGACCCUUGGUUAGUGAAGGACUAUAUUGACAAGGGCAACUAUCUGCCUUUGCUGGAAUAUGAUCAACUCCAUCAGCAGCAUGGCUUAAAAAAUGUGUUUGCAGGCUAUCAGGAAGGAAACGUUACUUUCCGUCCUACAUAUAAAUAUGACCCUGGUUCAGACAACUGGGAUUCCAGUGAGAAAAACCGGGCACCAGCAUGGUGUGACCGUGUCCUGUGGAAGGGAGAUGGAAUUACGCAAAUUACAUACAGGAGCCACCCUGAACUUCGAAUCAGUGAUCAUAAGCCAGUGAGUUCCCUGUUUGACUCUCAGAUCCGCGUAAUAGAUGCUGUUAAAUACCGCAGAAUACAUGAGGAGGUGAUGAAAAAAUUAGAUAAACUGGAGAAUGAGUUCUUGCCCCAGGUGAUGGUGGACAACACAGAAGUGAUUUUUGAUACUAUCCACUAUUUGGAGUCACAGAUCCGAGAUCUCAUUAUUGCAAACACAGGGCAGGUUCCAGUUACUUUUGAAUUCAUCAAGAAGCUGGAUGAUUCAAGCUACUGCAAGGAUUGGCUUAACAUUGAACCGUACUCUGGAUUUAUCAUGCCAGGAGAGAAAUGUGACAUCAAGCUUGAAGUGUUUGUUGACAAGAAGUCUGCAUUCAAACUGAACUCUGGUGAGGACAAGCUGUAUGACAUUCUGGUGUUACACUUGGAAGGUGGGAAGGAUAUCUUCAUAACUGUCACAGGAACUUAUGAACGCAGCUGUUUUGGCUCUUCCAUUGAAGCUCUGGUGUUCAUCAGUGUCCCAGUUAGAGAAAUCCCUGUUGGCAGACUUAUGGAGCUGGAGAACGCAAAAGAGGUGAGCAGCACACAGGAUCCAUAUCCCAUACCCAAGGAGAUCUGGUUCUUGGUUGAUCAUCUGUACCGACAUGGCCUCAAACAGCCACACCUCUUUGAACAGCCAGGCUUGAACUCGGAGCUUCUGCAGAUACGCAACUGGCUGGAUAAUGGUUCACCAGAUCCCAUGCCUGGCAGCAUUCACUCUGUGGCAGAAGCAUUGCUAUUGUUGUUGGAGUCGACUGCUGAACCUGUCAUCCCGUAUAACCUUCACAGCAUCUGUCUGAGUGCUGCUAGCAACUAUCUACAGUGCAAACAGAUUGUGAUGCAACUGCCAGAGCACCGCAAAAAUGUGUUUUUGUACCUGUGUGCAUUCUUGCAAGAAGUGCUCUGCCAUGUCAAUGAAAAUGGUCUUGACUCCAAGACUGUUGCCACACUCUUUGGAACCAUCUUCCUGCGAGAUCCUCCUCGAAGUCGUGGUGAUCUGUCUUCCCGAGCUCGUAUGAAUCAGCAAGUACUUGACAGGAAGAAAGCAAACUUUGUGUAUCACUUCCUAGUCAAUGAUCAGAGUGACUUCAUUCUUGGUCGUUAGCAGGUGUGUAGGAAGCAGCACAACUCUAGUCACAUGGAACCACAGCUACACUUGUUUUAUUUCAGAAUAUAUAUCCUCACACAUGUGCUGGCAACACUUGAUGGCCUGUUAACUUGGAAAGGAACAGGUCUAGUCAUCAACGUGCAUUGCUGUAAACCUUCCAGUUAAAAGGAGCAUUUAGCUUUUCCACAUGGCCAGAAUAUGACUUACAGAGAGAGGAUUUGCCAGUUUCAAUCUGUAAGCUAAUAUCAUGGUACUACAAUUUUUUUAUUCCAAGGCAAUGGUUCUAGGUUUUGUAGUUUUUCAGCUGUACAUGGUUUUGUGGUUUUUAAACUGUACACAGUUUUGUGGAGAACCAGUCUUGCCAUCUUGCCACAAUUGGAAUAUGAUGACAGAUUGAGAGUAGUUUGUAACAGUUACAUUUCACAUUACACAUUACAUAUUUUAAAGGCUUGGCAUUCUUUAUUGUUCCACUGAAACAGUGACUGUAAUAUUUAAAUUAGCUUCUAUUUAUAUGGUGUUUGUUCAGAUGCAACUCAUUUGGAGAUUGUUCUGGAUGGAUGUGUAGAGUUAGUUAGAAAUAGUCCCCAUGGGUAUUGAACAGACAUUCCAUUGAGACACCAGCUGAUGGAUCCACUUCACAAAGAACUCCUUGGGCUGCCACUAGAACUGCUGCAUCACCACAGUUGUGUUAUUUUCAUCCAACUUGAAUCUACAGACCCACAGUACUUUCAUAAGGAGGUUGAACAGGGCCAAACAUGUGAAUUGAGUUCCAUUUGCACAGCCUUCAUGCUCAUGAUUACUGGCACAGUCCAGGGACAGAGGCUGUGGUUCAACAUUCCAUAGUGUUUUUAUCAUUGUAAUACAUAUAGGGAUUCAUAAAGAAUAUCCUACGAGCUCAUAACUUUGGCUAAUUAUGCUGAUGUACAUUUUGUUUAGACGUGUAUUGUUGUAACAACAGGUGUUGCUGACAAUUUCUAUAUCCAGUGGUCAUAUACCAGAAUGGAUUGAUGAAUGCUAAUAAAUACAAUACAAUACAAUAGUAAGAGCAGAAGUUGUGUGAUUUACUUGGUUGAAAAAUCAAUUGCUGAAUCAGCAUAAGUGUUAUUUGCAGUACCUUCUUUUGUAGUACUGUUUCAUUUAUUGCCUGUAUCUGUGGAAAGCAUUAUUUUCUUAAGAUAGUGGUCAGUGACAGUGAUGGGAUAUUAAAAAAACAAAACAGUUUGCAAUAUCCAUCAACAGACAAGCAUAUAA